GCGCGUCCGACGUGGCAUGUCCAGCACAGCACAGUACUCUGACCGCGCUUUUCACGCCUUUUCCUUCUUUUUUAGGGUCCAAUCCAAUUCCUCUGCGUCGCUUCCAUUUCCAUUUGAUUGCUUUUUGCUUUGCUUAGAGGAGAAUGGAAAUGGAGAGCUUCGUGGAAAUGGCCAAAUGGGUUAGCUGAGAAUGGGACGUAGAACCUAGAAGUUGCAGAGGAAGAGGAAAAAGAAGAGGAUGAUGGAGUGGCAGAACCAGCAGCAACAGAUUCAAACUGAGCAAUUGCAAAUGCAAAUGCAAAUGCAGGUGGAGCAAUUGAGUAACGCCGAUGGAGCUGGUGGGCUGUACGUCAAGGUGAUGACGGAUGAGCAAAUGGAGCUCCUUAGGCAACAGAUCUCUGUUUAUGCUUCCAUAUGCGAGCAGCUUGUGGAGAUGCACAAGGCAAUCACCGCCCAGCAGGACCUUGCAGGAAUGAGGCUAGGGAAUCUGUACUGUGAUCCAAUAAUGGCAUCUGCUGCUGGCCAUAAGAUCACUGCUAGGCAGAGGUGGACGCCAACACCUGUGCAGCUUCAAAUUCUUGAGCAGAUCUUUGAUGAGGGCAACGGGACCCCAAGCAAACAGAAGAUCAAAGAUAUAACUCUCCAGCUGACACAACAUGGUCAAAUUUCAGAAGCAAACGUUUAUAAUUGGUUUCAGAACAGAAGAGCUCGUUCAAAAAGAAAGCAAGCAAAUUCACAACCAAAUAAUGCAGACUCAGAAGCAGAGACAGAAGUUGAUUCUCCAAAGGAGAAAAAGACAAAACCAGAAGCCUUCCAAACUUAUGAAGAUUUUGUUCCGAAGUCGAGCAACAUGUAUUCUCAGAGAUCUGAUUUAGGUGCUGAAUUUCUUUCGUUUGAUGCCCAAUCAAAUAAAGGGGAACCCAUGUUUCAGUCUUUCGGAUCUGGUCAUAUCAGUCAGAUGACCCCAACACAGAAUCAUAGAAAUAAUCUGUCAAAUGAUAAAAUGAACGUACCAGACGACUAUACUCCUUACCAUCCUUGUGAAGGGUAUCACUUGGUUGAGUGAUGCCUCCAACAUUCCACUCAUGUGCUUGAUUGAUCGUACUGAAGCUCAUCUUGGGGGAAUUUGCGAACCACAACUGACAUAGUAAAUAUUACACUGCAUGUAAAAGAAAAUUAAAUUUUGAAGCUGCUUGUGAGGCAUUUUAUAUACGUGGUUAUGAAUUACAUAUAUUACAAUACGGCUUGAACCCAAAUUUUGAAGGAU